CUCUCUUCUAAGGAAACAGAUUGGAUUGGCUAAGGCAGAGCCUCAGGUAGUGCUCCGGAGCUAACUGAAGGCUGGCUUUUGUGAGGACAUUCAGGUGGCGGAGCUCAGUGGAGCUUCAUGUUACACAGCGGCCUCAGAUCCCUGGUGGGGCGCAAACAUGCAGCACCCCUUCUCCGCACCCUGGCUGGCUACCACUGGCCCCCCAGGUCAGUGUGGGCGCAAGUCCGGCCCCUUUCCGUCUCAAGCAGCAAAUAUGUCCAAUAUGAUACAAAGGAUUAUUCCCUCCCAAAUGCCAGCUGGAGCCCCCUCAUGGUGGAGCUGUACAAUGAGCUCAUGCAGAAAACUGCGGAUGGGUCAUGGACAAGGCUUCCAGGUUAUAAGCAUUCCGUGCAGAUCUUAAAAGAAGCCAGCCUUGCUAAGAUUGCUGAAGUUGUCCCUGUGCAAAUGAUAGAAGACAGUCGCCUAUUUCUCAGGAUCACGGAGGUGCAGGGACUGGGCUUUGAGCAUGUCAUCUUCCACAACCGCUCCGAGAGGAAAUGUGUCUGCUUGUUCCAGCCGGGGCCCCUCCUGGAGGGGCUGCCUGGGAUUAUCCAUGGUGGUGCACUGGGGACCAUGAUAGACACCACAUUUUUCAUGACAGCGUACUUCAGUGCCAACGCAGUCUUCACAGGGACAAUGACCAUUAAUUUCAAGAGCCCUGUCACCCUGGGCUCCGUGGUGAGACUUGAGGCCAAGAUCACCAGCACAGAAGGAAGAAAGGUGUUUCUCGCUUGUGAAGCCCAAAGCAGCGACAGGUCUACCCUCUACGCCGAAGCUUCUGCUGUCUUCUUCCAAAUGAAGUGACACAACUGCCAGGCAGCACUACAAGGUUCAUCGCCUCCUGCCCUUCACAAACCAGAACCUCCACUGGAGUAUGUUCUGUUGCUCCAUUCACCUCCUUCUCUGAUGGCAAAAAUUCCCCCAUGUGGCAAGCCUUGCUGUAAAUAAAGGUGUAAGAAGAGGUCUCAUGUAUCCAA